AUGGGAAAGCGUACCAAAAAGGCAGGAAUCACGGGAAAGUACGGAACCAGAUAUGGUUCCACUCUUCGUAAGAUUGUCCGAAAAAUGGAGGUCUCUCAACAUUCCACAUACCGUUGCGUCUUCUGCGGUAAGGAUUCAGUCAAGAGAACUUGUGCCGGCAUCUGGCACUGCCGCUCUUGCCGAAAGACCAUGGCGGGUGGAGCAUACGUUUUGAGCACAGCCAGUGGGGUCACUGCCCGCAGUACCAUUGGACGUCUAAGAAGAUUGGCAACUGAACAAGCUUAA